AUGCUUGUCGCCUUGAUCGGCAUCUCUACAACGACAAUAACAGCAACAACAACAGCGACGACAACAACAGCAACAACAGCAACAACAACAUCAGCAACAACAACAACAUCAGCAACAACAACAACAUCAGUAACAACAACAACAACAGCAACAACAACAUCCGCAACAACAACAACGGCAACAACAACAACAACAACGUCCGGUAAGACCUCUCUAAUGAUAUAUCGUGCAAUUGAACUUUUCGAAUAA